UAAAAUUGCAACUAUCAUGAAACUCAUGCUGAUACAAUUUAGCUAAUAAUGAGAACCUGUUCAAACGUUGCUAACUAAGUACGCAGCGCAUGCAUUUAUAAAACAUAAAAUGGAUUAUCGACGGAAAAGGAAACUGACAUUUUUCACGAUUGGAUUAAUCUUUCUUUUAAGUGGAGUCGAGUAUGCUGUGAUCCUGCCCACGAUUUGGGGGUACCUGCAGAUUCUGAGUGCCCAGCCAUUCUUCUUGGGUCUGGGCCUGUCUGCUUUCAGCCUGAGCGGACUGCUGUCAGGCCCGCUGUUUGGACACUGGUCCGAUCGGACCCGCACCACGAAGGGCAUCAUCCUCUUCUCAAACCUCUUUGAGAUCGCAGGAAACUUCAUGUAUUUCAUGGGCUACUCCAAGUGGCUUCUGCUGUCUAGCCGGCUUGUUGCAGGUAUCGGGGCGGGUGCUGGCUCUUCCAUUUUUGGGUUCCUGACCCGGAACACAGCCCCAGAGGACCGCGCCACGGUCUUUGCAGCUGUGAUGGCAUGCCGGCAGGCUGGUCUACUGAUUGGACCAGCUUUCAAUCUCUUUCUAAGGUUAUGUGAUUUCCAGCUGGGGCCGUUUGUCGUAAACAAGUACACUUCUCCAGGGCUCUUCAUGUGCGUGAUGUGGAUCCUGCUCCAGCUGGUGGUGCUCCUCAUGUACUGGGACCUCCCCCCUCUGGAUGCCGCGGCCCAGGGAGUAGACGAGGAGGAGGAUGAGGUGGAUGAGAACGUGGAGGAGGAGGAGAAGCCUUUGAUGGGCCCCGAAGAGCCCCUGGAAGCCUACGGCACUGUCAACUCUGACCAGUCAGAGACCCUCAUUACCCCCAAUGGAGACUUGUCACAGCACUCAUCCCCUUCAAUCACGGGAGAGUCAGACCCCUUCAAGAACUUCAGCGCCAGCAAAGAGUUCCUCAGGGAGGAAGUGAUAGUUUUGCUCACCGCCCAGUUCAUCACCCUCUUCAACCAGACAGCGCUGGAGACCAUGGUGACCCCUAUGACCCAGAAGUACUUUAACUUCCGGGAGCUGGAGAACAGUGUGAUGUACUGUCUGUGCGGGGUGGAGGUGAUCGUCGGGUUCUUCUUUGUGCGCUGGCUGAGCCGGCAGGUGGCUGACCGCGUGGUGCUGGCUGUUGGGCUGAUCAUCUGCAACAUCUCCUGUGCCUGGUGCCUCAUCUUCCUCGCUAACCCCCAGGGUACGUUUGCCUGGCAGUUAUCAGCGUUCGUCAUCGGGGUGUUCCUGCAGCUCCUAGGGCUGCCCUUUGUAGCUGUGUCCCAGGUAUCUCUGUUUUCCAAAGUGACUGCAGAGAAGACGCAAGGGUUCAGCCAGGGGGUCCGCCGCUCAGUCGGGGGUCUGGCCACCAUCCUGGGCCCCCUGUGGGCAGGCGGGUUGACAGGGAACCUCUAUGUGAUGCUGGGCAUGAUGUUGGCCCUACUGGCACUGCUCACUAUUAUGAUGAUGUUUUCCUACGACCGCCUUGUUGAGCCCUGUGUCGUGCACCAUGCCGAAAGCCCAGAGGAUUGUGGGUAGUGCUGAUAAGUGGUCCUUCUGGAUACGAGAGCAAUCAAAGGUGCAUGAGAUCUUUUCCAGUUAACAAUGGGGGACGAAUGCAUAUUUUGGACAGUUUUUUGGACAAGAGGACUGGAGACAACAAAACACACAAACACUACAGGCCUCAUGGUGUAUAGUCUCCUGACCUACGCUGUCUAGCUGACUGACACUACCAUUGACCUCGUACUACAUGACGUAGA